GGCGGCUUUUUUGCAAGUGGCGGGGCAGGCGGUGUAGACCGCUCCGGCAGCGCGCUCUGCCCGGCUUCUUCAGUCUCCUCGCUGGGAGCGUCCGGGAGCAGCUCCGAGGCCGCGGCGAAACCAGGUGGAGUCCGAGGUUCGGAGGAGUAUCCGAGGUUAGGGGAAGGCCGGAGAAUGGGGUGGGAGGCUGCGUUUCGGAGCCUAGGGUUCUGUUCCUGCGAUCGCCGCGUUCCCCUCCCUUGGUGGGAGCGGCUCCCCUCGCAGGCCGGGUUCCGGUUCUGGACCUUCGCCCUCGGAACACGGUGCUGUCGGCCGGGACUCCUUCCCGAGGUGGACGACUCCUUGCUCUCAUUCCUGGCUCUGCCAGGACUGUAGGAAGUACGUAGUACACUUUAGGGCAUGCAUGGCACUCCCUGGGAGACAGUGCUUUAGGGCCAGAGAAAAGAUCUCCGCUGAAGGCAAACGCCCGCGCAGCCCACAAGUCCGGGCUGCACUCAGCAAGUCAGGAUGUUGCCAUCGGCAAUUCCGCAGAAGGCAGGAGCCCAUCAGAGAGAAAGAGCCGCUGUCAUAAGGUCUCUUGCCUGAGCUGUUAGGUAGAGAAUGGAGCUGGAAGAGGGAACUGAUCUCGGAGCUCCUCGGGGACCUUGGUUAUGUUUGACCCUUUUACUUUCAGGGAGCGGGGAUUGGCUCGUCACUGCAUCCAGAGUACGGGGGAAACGAAGAAAUCUUGGAGAGAGUUUGCCCCAGGAGAGAGGCGAGCCUUAUGUAGACUAGGAUCUGGGGUGGGUAACUGGGGUGGGUAACAGUCUGUGCAGUGUGAAUCUGAGAGGAGAAAACACCCAACAUGGGAAUGGUCAGGUAAGAAAGGACCAGAAGUUCCGGUUCUACGAUAGCAAGGACCUAAGUUGCUAAUUUAGGUUCUUUAAUGCAGACCUGGUCUUUCAAAACUUCUUUCUCUUCCCUAGCCUUGUCAUUUCAGCAUUCUGGCCUUCCCUAUGAGGAGGGAGAUCAACUAAGUCACAGGGCCCUUCUAGCCCAAUCCAGAGCUGUGCCAUGGCAGAGACAAGAGAAGAGGAGACAGUGUCAGCAGAAGCCUCCGGGUUCUCAGACUUGAGUGACUCAGAAUUCCUGGAGUUUCUGGACCUAGAAGAUGCCCAAGAGUCAAAUGCUUUAGUUAACAUGCCUGGCCCAUCUUCUGAAUCCCUUGGGAAGGAUGAUAAACCCAUAAGCUUACAAAACUGGAAAAGAGGAUUGGAUAUCUUAUCACCCAUGGAGAGAUUCCACCUUAAAUAUUUGUAUGUCACUGACCUGGCUACUCAGAACUGGUGUGAACUGCAAACAGCAUAUGGGAAGGAGCUUCCUGGUUUUUUGGCACCUGAGAAGGCAGCUGUUUUGGACACUGGUGCCAGCAUACACCUAGCUAGAGAACUAGAACUUCAUGAUCUUGUGACUGUCCCAGUCACCACUAAAGAAGAUGCUUGGGCAAUUAAGUUUCUGAACAUACUUUUGAUGAUUCCUGCCCUGCAGUCAGAAGGGCACAUCAGAGAGUUUCCCGUGUUUGGGGAAGUGGAGGGUGUACUUCUUGUUGGAGUGAUCGAUGAGCUGCACUAUACAGCCAAGGGGGAACUGGAACUGGCGGAACUCAAGACACGCAGGCGCCCUAUGCUCCCUCUGGAAGCUCAGAAAAAGAAAGACUGUUUUCAAGUCAGCCUAUACAAAUAUAUCUUUGAUGCCAUGGUACAAGGAAAAGUGACCCCUGCUAGCUUAAUCCACCACACGAAGUUGUGUCCAGAAAAGCCACUGGGGCCAUCAGUGCUGAGGCAUGCCCGGAAAGGAGGCUUCUCUGUGAAAUCUUUGGGUGACCUCAUGGAACUGGUCUUCUUGUCUCUAACACUGUCAGACCUCCCAGUUAUUGAUAUCUUGAAGAUUGAAUAUAUCCACCAAGAGACUGCCACGGUGCUGGGUACUGAGAUUGUAGCCUUUGAAGAGAAGGAGGUGAGAGCCAAGGUGCAGCAUUAUAUGGCCUACUGGAUGGGCCACCGAGAGCCCCAGGGAGUCGAUGUGGAGGAGGCUUGGAAGUGCCAGACAUGUGCAUAUGCAGACAUUUGUGAGUGGAGAAAGGGCAGUGGAGUACUCAGCUCUACACUGGGGCCCCAAGCCAAAAAAGCCAAAUGAAUAGAAGGUAUGCUUUCAAGAAUGUCGAUCCUUCCUGCUCCUGCUGUACCUAAGCAAAAGAGGACCAGUCUCUGAGCUUGGCUUUUAUGGACAGUGUUCUUAUUUUGGUUCUUUUUUUAUUUCCACAACCUCUAACCACAUUCAGUCCAGGACCAAGGCUCAGGGAUGAGUGGGAGAGAUGGGUUAUACUACUCUGGAGCUUCACUAUGAUUGCCUAAGAAGACAGAUGCUCAUCAUGGCUGGAAUGAAGGUAUCCUUCAGUAAACAUUGCUUUCUUAAGAAAAUUCUUCAGUUUCUGAUAAGUCAUCCCUAUUUUUAUCUUGAUUAAGGCUUUCUACAGUUACAUAAUACAAUGAAAUGCUGUCUGGGACAGUUGAACUGA